GAUUAACACAGGUUCAUCAACCUACUAUCCUUAUCACUGUAGGCAGUUUGUUUAAAAUCAUAAAUUGAAGGCCAGAGUUCAUCUGGUAAAUUAAAGCGCUUGAGAGAAAACAUCUUAGGUUGAUAAGUAAUUGUAUGUGUAUCUUAAUAAAAACGUGAAAUUCAGGAUUGAAUACUAGUACAAACUAGUUAUAUGGAUCAAAUUAGUGGUAAUGGGAUCAAAGCAGUAAGUGAUAAUGAAAAUCAAUCUACUAAUGGUGAUGUUAUCCCCACAAGCAUAUUCCAUUGGAAGUGUUAUCAAGGUUACCUCAGGACAUUUCCUGCGAUGAUUAAGUUAUGCGAACUAUUGUGUAUCUUUAUAGCGUUUAUCAUCAGUUUCUUGGAUAAGAAUUUCUUAUCAGUUGGUGGUUCAUGGCUGACCGUAACAACUGCGUUAUCAUUCAUUGUCACCGCAUUCUUCCUUGUCUUCCAUCUCUUUCUUCUGCAUCGUUUUAUUGCGGCUCCUUGGUGUCUAAUCGAACUUGCUGCCUAUGUCAUCGUAUGCAUACUUGUGUUUUCAAAUGGAGUACUGUCUGCAGCAUAUUCUCACUUAAGUGGUAUUAUAAUAGCAGAAACGAUUUUCACCUUCGUGGCUCUCGCCAUUUAUACAGUCGACAGUUUAGUUGCCUUCAAAAUUUUUACAGCUGGGCGCUAUUAUGAUUAAAGUGCACUAAUUCAUGAUUAAGUAUUCUAUUGUUUGUUUGUAAUUUUAGACAGUCCUUAAUACAAUUCUUAAGAUGUUCUUGUUCGCUAACUUACCACUUCAUAUUCAAAAAAUUUAACAUUUCAAAUUAAGAUGUGACAUUCAAGAAACCUGACUUCAGUAUUCUUGAACUAUUUUUACCACAUAACUACAAAAUAGAUCCUGUUUGGCAUAAUAAAAUCAAGCAAGAAACUAACACACCAACUUACACAGAGGUUUUACUCUUUGUUUACCUUAACUUACUUAACAUCGUUUUAGGCUUAUCAAUACAAUAUUUAAAUUAUUCCUGUCACUAAAGAUUUCCUGGAAUCACCUAACAAAAGACAAG